UGUUCAGCUCUGCAGAAUUGGGGGCAAGCGAAGGCCCAAGCUGCCUGAGAAGAGCAGAGUUUACCCCAUGGGGUCCACACUGAACUGUGGCAUAUGCACCAAAGCCAGCCCUAAUCAGGGCUGGGACAAGCAUUCUGCAGAGCCAGCCUGUGGCUCUGACGUCUACUAGCAUGCAGACAGUGAAGACGCAGGCCGCGAUAUACAGGAGCAGAGGCGCCCGGAACACGUUGUUCCCCAAUGCCAGCUGCAAGCCGGGCUAUCUCAGCGUGCGGUGGGUGAAGCUGUCCUGCAGCUCUGAGAUCCACGAAGUGGAGGUGGUAGUAGCACAGACUCCACUGCUUUGGAGGCUGCACAAUCGAAUUUGGGAGCCAGCGAGGGUCCUGACAGCAGCACGCUGGCCACCAGAAGACACCGAAAGACAGCAAAGACGCAGGCCGCGACAUACAGGAGCAGAGGUGCCUAGAACACACUGUUGCCCAAUGCCAGCCAUAAGCGGGGCUAUCUCAGGGUGCGUGAGUGAAAUCGUCCUGCAUCUCAGAGAUCCACAAGGUGGAGGUGGCAGUAGUGCUGGAUUCCACUGCUUUGGAGCCUGCCCAGUCGAAUUCGGGAGCCAGCGAGGGUCCUGACAGCAGCACAUUGGCCACCAGAAGACACCCAAAGGGAGAGGAGCUGAAGACCUUCUGGUGUGGGCUGGGCUACAAUUCACUUGCAGGAGAAACAGCCCGGAUGUGGAGAGGUGGCCAUCCUUGGCGGGAUCCUUUCUAAAGAGCCAAGAAAUCAACAUAGAGCUUCUUCUAUCUGAUUCUCUAACUGCAGACCUUCCAUGAGUCAAGCUUUGUGUCAAAAGGACAAAUUAAAAGGACCUAUAAAUGGCACCACCCAGCCCAAUGGACAGAUGCCCCAGGCUGCACAUUCUGUCAGUGCUGUUCUCCAAGAGGCCCAGACACACACUGAAACAUCCAAGGAUAGGAAGCCAGCCCUCGGGAACCACCAGGAGCCAGGAGCACCCCCGGCCCCACAUGGCCCCAAGUCCACCCUGCCCCCCACUCUGUUGCAGAGGUCCUGGGACACCAUCUGCAGCCCAGUCACGCCCCGCAAGGCCAAGAGCACUGACGGCGGGGGUUUCCCCGCCCCGCCCGACGACUUCCUGCCCACUGCCACGGCUGCCUCCACUGAACGACACAGAGCUGCCGCCACACCCGCUGGAGGAUCCAGAGCUCCUGCCACCGCCCGUGGACUUCAUGGAGCCGCCCGCCCCCGGACUUCGUGCCCGCUCCCCCAGCGGUCGUCAAGAGGCCUCCUAUGCCCCACCCUCCCAACAGGCGCGGAGCUUCAAUGUUCAGAACCAACACAUGAAUAAAACAAAUGAAUAAAUGUUAAACGUUCUUCCUACUGUAUUUAUACAAAGAUUACCGGGUCAGUAGAUCUGGAGGUCAACACUAUAAUUAAAAAUA